AUAAAUAUUAUUGUGUAAAAAUUGGUAAGGUGAAGUUCAAUAUCAAGAAUUUUAUUUCAAAAAGGAAAGUCAAGUGUGUGAAGAACUGAUCAGUCGACGUUUCAAUCAUAAUAUAACUUGAAAUCAAGGCAAAAGCACCCAAGCUAGGAUGUUUAUAUCAGAAGAAGAGGUCAAAACAGAGAACAGACUGAGGUAUAGUGAAGACUCAAGGUAGCUUACGUCAUCAUUGCAGUCUUCACUCACUUAGCUAACUUCGAGCUGUAUUUUAUUUAUCUGGGCAAGGCAGCAAAGAACGCAAGAUGGCGGACGGUAACACAGAUACGCAGCCUGAGGUAAAUGAUGUUACGCAAGAGCCAAACCAAGAAGACACGCCCAGUCAGAGCGAAGUUAAUUCUCCAACUGCGAAUCAGGCUGAGCCAGGCACAGAAGAAACAAUUUCUGCCGAUAAAGGACCUGCCACUGAAGAGGGACAAAGCGAAAAACAGGAUCAACAGCUUGAAGCAACUGGGGAAAAGACUGAACCAGUCAAAAGCCCUGAAAAGGAGGGUGAGGGAACUUCGAGCGAUAAGGAAACGACGCCCAAGGCACAAAGGACACCCCCAUUUGACCGGAAAGCACCGCGCAAGGAUGAUAUCAGUGACGAUCAACGAAAGGCGAAGAUCGAAGAACUGAGGAAAAAGAAAAUUACAGACUACAAGAAGAAAGAGGAUGAGAAGCGCAAAGCUGUCUUGGAAAGAAAAAAGAAAUUAGAGGAGGCCGAGAAAGCCAAGCAAGAAGCAUUAUUAAAGAAAAUCGCUGGCCCGUCUACUGCUCCCCCGAAGCGACCAGCAUCGGCCCCUGCUCGCCGUGCAGCCUCGUUUUCAAGCUUAGCGUAUCUUAAAAAAACGCACGCAGUUGCAAAGGAAAUCGACAUUGAUAGUAAAAAGCCGGAAAAAGCGAAGGAAGCCGAAGACAAGGUACCAAAACCAUCAAUGGACCAGGACAGGAGAAGAACCCUUCCAUCUAGGCCUAGGAGUGCAAUGGAAAGGAAACGCCCAAACUCGUUUUCGUCGGACAAACCAAAGCCAAGUGUACAGAAAAACGCCACUGAGGCAAGCACUGUGCAGAAAAAUGCAACUGCUGCAGUGGGCAGUAGGCCGAGGUCAUCAUUUGGAACGCGAGCCGAACCAAAAAUCCGUCAGUCAUUAACAAAUCUACCACAUCGACCACCCUCAGCAUCAGCCAAUCGCCAUGCAGCCAAACCAGAAGAAAAUAAACAAAAGACGGCUACAACGAGACCGCGGCCGAUGCCCACGUUGCCAGGGAAACCUCUUGUGCCUCCAAACAAAGAAAAAGAAAUGAAGAAAGCCAAGUCUGCUAGUUCAGUUGUACAUCAUGGAAUCCAGGAUAAGAACAAAAGACCUUUGUCGUUGGAAAAGCAAGAUGGUGAAAAAACUAAAGGAAAAACGGAAGCUGCAAAGCCUGCCGCAAGUAAGCCAAAAGCAGACGCUGCUGACAAACCAAAGACGAGCACAGGAAAGGGAAGAGACCCGGAGAAAAAUGAACGUAGACGGUCAAAUGAAGGAUCGCACGCCAAAGCAGAAGGGCCUAAAAAGCCAGGAAUACAAAAUGAAGCCGAUGCGAAAAGGCUGCUUGCAGAAAAAAGAAGGCAGGUGAAGGAAGAAGCUGAGCGGAAAGCGCUUAUAGAGCAGGACAGGCUAGAAGAAGAACGAAUUAGGAAAGAGGAAGAGCAGAAAAAGAGAGAAGAGGAAUUAAGAAAAGAAGAAGAGCGUCAAAAGAUGCAUUUGGAAGAGUUGAAGAGGGAAGCGGAAGAACGAGAAAGAAAAGAGCAGGAGGAUAAGGAAAGGAAAGAGAUGGAAGAAAAGGAGCGAAUCGAAGCAGAAAAACGACAGAGACAAGAGGAUAUUGAAAGACGAGCACAAGAAGAGGUUGAAAGGCGAGCUAAAGAGAGAGAACACAAGCGGCAACAGGAGGAAGCAGAUCGUAUGGAGCGAAAAAGGAGAGUGCAAGAAAUCCUUGGCUCACGGAUCCGAGGCUCUCCAGUGUCAGAAAGGCCGGUUUCGCCAACUCCGUUCGCAACUGGAAGUCCAGAAGAGGCCCCAGGAGAGAGUUCCCCACCUGUUAUUGACUCAGCCAAUUCAGCUAGAGAUCGAGUACAGAAACUUCUUGAGAAGAACCAACGAAGAUCAGGCGACUCGCAAAAUGGCUUUGGCGAAGAGGAGAGCCUCGAGGGGGAGGUCGUGAAGCCCGCUGCAGUGUCAGCUAAACCGAGUGUGAAUGAGCAAGCGAUCUCGAACGAAAACAAGUUUGAGGACGUGGCGUCGCUUACCGAAGCCGACAAGCAAGCUUUAGAGGACGCCAAGGAGGGCGAAGAAAAGGAUGAAUCAAGCGAUGCGACAGUCAAUGGAUUGGAAAACAACUUUAAUAAAGAUGCCGCCAUUAAUAAAAAUGAGGAAAAUCAAAACAUGUCAUCUUCGAUUGAAGAAAAGAAACUCUGGAAUGAUGCUGAAAAUAUAAUGGCUGAAAACCAAGAGAACCUCAUUAAUUCAUUAGAUAAAAACAAUUCUAGUAAAAGUGAACAAGACCAAAGCAACGAAGAAAACAGACUGUGGCAGUUGGUCGAGGGACAGUUAGAACUAGAAGAGUGUUUCUAGGCCCAAGGUACCCCCUAGAGUAAUUCAAUUCUGUUGAUGAGUUUUCAAUAGUUUCGUAGACACAUGUAUGGGUAUGCACGUGUUGUGGUCAAGUAGACUACCAGAGCCGCGCAGCUGCAAAAUUGUAAUAGUUCAGCAAUAACGAGAUGUAGCAUGGUAGUUUCGUCAUUAAUGCUUAUGGACGUAGCGCCGGAUAGAUGUUGCUCCGUUAAGGACUCUAUUUCACCGCGUCAUCGCGAAACCACAUUAGUUUCAAUAUUUCUUGUUUUAUGUGAUCUAGGAGACGGCAGUCAAGUCACAAGUUAAUUACACGUCAGCUCUUUUCCCAUUUAUCAUUCAAUGCACCCAUAUGUAUCCUAUCAUAUGUAUCCUAUGACCCUUAACCGAGUGCAUUUAUGAGACACCUUAUGAUUAAAAGUUACAAACGAGGAAGAAAGGUAGCCACUAUGACCUUCCUUUGUACAGCAAAGCUUUGAGGGUUUGAACAGUUCGUUCUUCAUGACACUGUGCAGGAACUGACAAUUUCAAGACAGACUUAUUUUCACUUCAUUAACAGCCCCCCCCCCUCCGUAUUUCUGAUUUUGAUAUUCAUUUUAAAAUUACUGUGCCUUAAACCAUUUUGUUGAAUCUGCGUAUCGUGUUUUUGACAUAAUUGAUUACUGAGUAAGUAAAAUUAGGUGAGCGAUUUUCAAAGCGUCUUGUUGCAGGAUAUUUUUGUGAUGAUGUUAUAUCAUAUUGGGGAAAGGAAGAUCUGUGCAGCAAAUUUCACUACAGUAUUAUUCUCAUCAUGUUUAGGAUCAUCGGCUCCUCUUUGUUAGGAAUUGUUGGACCCUCUGAAGUUAAAUCAGUGCCUUCUCUCUAUGUUGAGUUAGGUCGUCCAUUAAUUUGUUCCAUCAGUUGCCCAUUGCAAUAGCCCUUGUCGCUUAUUGGUUCCCCAUUUUUCUAAUCAAGAAUAUUUCUUGGUAUUUAUCUAGAUAGCAGCAUGGUUUAAAUGACUCGCCAUGAAUUAAAAAAUUGUCUGUAAAAUAUUCUUGGGUACCCCUUUGUUUCUUGCACCAUGAUCAGAGAAGGUUUCACCCUAAAAUGUGCUUUUUCAUGUCAAUCUCAUCAUCAGUUCCGUGUCUCUUACUUUUUAUAUUGUGGCUGUGGUUAUGAAUCGAUAGAUGUAUCAGUUAACGUUUUUGUAAUAGUGUAGAUUUGUUCUCUUUGGCCAUUCGAAAGGCCAUUCUAGCAGCUAAGCCAUUAGGAUGUGUUUCCACAUAGCCUCUAAGGGUAAAUACCCAAUGCCUACCUUCUAUUGUUGCCUCAUUGUUGGGUAAGUUGCUAUUUGUGUUCAGUUUAUAUCUCCUACGUUGCGAUGUGACAUACUGCAUUUGUAAAGCCUGCCAAAGUACAAUUUUUGUAAUCGGUAAUUUAUUUGCACUUUUUGUCGAAUACGUAGCUUCGUUUAACACGAAUCUGACGACCAAUUCACGGCAGGCACCUUCUU